UAUGGGCAACCGUCACUUCCGCCCAGGUGAAGACCGGCAACCACAAACACCAAGCCUGAAAAGCCCCGGAAGCUCAGCCGCCGGGGACAGUCUUGCCGCAGCUAUGUCUAUGCCUUCUCCCUCAUAUCCGCUUCCGUGUCACAGGGGGCGCGGCGCACCCAAUCAGAUUGCCCCCUCGCUUCCUUCGCCCCGCCCCUGCCGCUGCAAUUGGUCUUGCUUUGUCUCCCGCUCGUUUUCUUUUCCGCUCGGUCGGCUUACUCUCUUCUUGACUUUGGAGGGGCUGGGGAGCUUCGCUCCUCGUCAGCAGGUCCCCUCGGUGCAGGAUAUAAGUGUGUGCGGCGGGUCUGCUCAGCAUAAGGUGGACGUGGGGGACGGUGCGUGUGUGUUAUCUGAUAGUGUUGGAUCUGUUGUUGAAGAGUGUAGCCGCAACAUGGCGAGUGGUCCCAGUAGCACAACCCCAGGAUGGAAGCAGAUGUCUUGGCGGAAGAGGCCACAGAGUGUCGUGGCUUGGGAGAGCAAAGCUGAAUGGGACCAAGUGAUGGUGGGCCUAUAUUGUGGGGACCGUGAGAUACAACAGGAUGCGUUGGACCGAAUAUCUGCUUGGAAAAGCAGGUAUGGGCAUAGGAUGCCAUUAGCUGUUGAGUGCACUGCGGAUCUGAUUCGUUGUAAACUCCUAGAUGCCUCUGGUGUUCUGAAAUCCCAUGAACUGGUCCUUACGUAUGGUCUAGCUCUUGUGAGGUUUGUGAACCUCAUCACAGAGCGGAAGCAGAAAACGGUCGUCAUUCCACUGAGACGCCUAGCAAAAGAGCUAAACAUCCCAGUCUGGAUUGUGAACCUUCGUCAUGAUUUGACCCAUGGCAACCUACCUCACCUGGAUGCUUGCCAAAAAGGCUGUGAUGUUGUCCUGGAAUGGCUCCGGCAAACAUAUUGGAGCCGCCAGUUGGCCAAUAACCUAGUAAGAGGAUAUGAAGAGGAUGAGGAUGAGGAAUCGCCACUAGCAGGUACCGGGUUCAUCAGCAGUAUAACGGAGCCUGAAAAAUUGGAGUCCCUCGACUGUCAGGAAAAUGUGAUGUUUCAAGAGAAAGUCGUGGAACUUCUGGUUUCCUAUAAAAAUCAACAAUUUGAGGUUCUCCAGCAACAGCAGGACAUCAAUCAGGUCUGCAAAUUGUGGUACAACUCUUCUGCAGAGAUACAGUGGAUUGUGGCCCAGGUGAAAGAGUUGUUCCUAGAGAACAGCUCAAUAUUUUCUGAACCAGCUGGUAGCAGCUCUCCAGGAUUUCCAGCAGGUUGCAUUCCCAGCGCUGCCUUGAGAUACCAGGCAUUGUACCUGGGAGAUUCUGUAUGCAAAGUAGAUGUUGUACCACUGAGCUAUAGCCUUUUCCAGGAGCAACAGUUGUUCUGCCCUUGCAUCACACUCUCUCCACAUGUCUCUCUUUCCGGGCUCAGGAUUCUGGAAAAAUUGGAUCAGCCUUUGCCUCCAGAUUCCAAGGAAUUGCUUCUCUACCUCACCUCUAUUUACACCCAAGAGGACACCGUUCCCAGCCCAGGCUCAAUCCCAGAACUCCGCAAGCAGCCUAUUUAUACUGUGGAGAGCUUACAGUGGCAAGUGAAGCAGAGCAAUAUGGCCAGAGGGCUUGCCAAAAGAACUACAAAGCAUGAGUGGCCGCUGGGAGAUAUUGAAGAAGAAGAAGAGAUGGAGGAGGAAGAGGGAGAAGCUCAGGCAGCACAUCUCUACCCUGGAUAUCUUGAUGAGAGAAAGAUGGUUCUGCUUGGGUCGGUCUGGCAGGUCAGCCCAGAUUGGGUGAAGUGGGGAAAUUAUCCCUUGGGGAAAUUGCCUGACCAAUCAGAUGACCCUGACAACCUGCUGGUGGAGAACUACUCCGUGAUGUUGACACACGACCAGCUGAUGGAUGGAGGCAGGAAUAGCACCCCCAAUGCCGCCUCUUCAGAAUGGGGUGGCUCUGCUGCUGAGGGAUUAUUAUGGACCCAGAGCGAUCUCCAUAAGAUCAAAAAUGACCUUCAACUAUUCUAACAAGUGGAUGAUGUGCUGGUGGUGCAGAAGAAUAUACUGUGCGGAAUUGGCACUACUACAAGUGUCACAUACAUACAUGUUCCACAUUUGUAAUAUUUUAAUAUUUUAAUGUUUCAGUAUUUUAAUGCUGUA